AUGCCUCGCAUAAGUCCGUCAAUCCCGAAUCCUGACUUUCCUAGCUACCAUGACCCCGAGAUGUACAGUGCUGUCCGACCCCAAGCCUUCGACACGGUCCACGAUCUGCCAAAGCGCUACGAUGUAGACGACAAGAUGGCCUUGCCUCGCUGGGCGGUCUUCCUCAUGGUCUUCAUCCCGCUCUCGAUCUUCUUCCUCGGAGUGACCAUUUACUACCUCAAUCGCAAUCGUCGUUCCGGCAUGGCCCGCAUGGUCACGCCGGUCGAGCUCGAAGACAUACAGCUCCAAGAUCUUGAGUCGCGCGGUCAGCGCUCUCCUACACCGGCGCCCUACCUGCCAGAACUGUACUGGCCAGGCGUUUUCCAUCCGUCGCCCAAGUCAGAGGUCACCGUCUUCCCGCGAGCCGGUUCCCAGCCGGCGCCUCAGCAACCUCGCACGCGCCUCGACAAGGACCUUCCAGAUCUUCCUCGACAUGCCUUUGUGGAAGAUGCGGAGGACUGGGAGACGGUUGCGCCCGUGACCCGCGAAAACACCUUCAACGACGCUUUCGCCCAGCACGAGAUCGAUCAAGAGCGCCGCGACAAAGAACAGCGUGACAAGGAACGCCGCGACAAGGAAUGCCGCGACCGAGACCGCCGCGAGGAGAACGAGCGCUCUCUGCUCGAAGCUCUCGAGCGGCGGCGCCAGCGCGACAGGAACCAGCGUCGCGGCAACCCCUACCAGCUCAGCCCCUUGAGCAGCGACGACAGCAACAACAGCGGCAGCAACAACAAAAAGUCCCCACCGCUGCACGACAUGAACCCGCACGUCAACGAAGGCUACGCCCGCUACCGCCGCUACCGCCUGCAGUCCAGCGACGUGGACAACGACACGGACGUCAUCCUCGCCUCCGACACCAACACCAUGGGUCCGCCCACGACGGCCACAGGCUCCAACACUGGCGGCAGCAGCCACAAUCCUUUCGCUGGAGGUAGCGGAGGCGGUGCCAUGCUCUCUGGCCGCGACCGCAGGCGCCAAGAGCUCACUGCGGCCUACGAGGGAGAUGCCGACGGCUUCCCUUCGCACCCCGGCCGGCUGCGUCCUCCCCAGCGGGCUUACCUCGCCGGUGGGCACAACUUCGUCGCGCCCGCAGUCAGUGGUCCGCAGUUUCCCAGCGACCAGUCGGAGAUGGACAACUUCACCGAGGCCAUGAUCACGGAUGAUCCGUUUGUGCCUGGCGGAAGGAUGGGUGCUCGUCAGAAGAAGUAG